AUGACAUCAAAUCCAGUGGUCAGUGUGAUUGAAUUAGCUGGUCAAUAUAAGAGUGAAUUUGAAAAUGGUUUUAGUAAAUUGGUGAAACAUGCUGCUACAUUUGCUAAUUCAACUAGCAAGGCACGAACAUAUGAGCAGUUCAAUGUUUUUCAUCGUGAAUUAUUGAAACGACGUGAUGAGAUGAUAGUAAAAAUACAGGACACACAGUCAACAUUAUCUGACUUUGACACUGCGACACUUAUGAAAGCUUUCUCCUGGAUGGCUGUAAUGUUAUUAGGAUUAAAUUUUGGCGCAUUUCUUGGUGGCAUACUUUUCACUCCGUUACUCGAAUUUUUCCUAAGCGGUACGGAUGCCGCAUUGUUAGCAUAUUUUAUCGUUCCGCUUUCCGCCUAUUACUUUCUACAUUUGCCACUGGAAAUGAAAUCAAUGAAUGAUGAUGAUGAUCUAUUUCGACGACAUAUGCUAUUUCUAUUUGCCACUUUUGAGGGAUUAUUAACAGGAUUUAUCUUCUCGGACAAAGAUCUGAUCGGUAUACCACCAAUUGCAGCAUUAACACCAAUAUCUAUCGGUUUAAUUCCACAUUUUGGUUCAUCAAUAAUUGGCAAAGAUCAUGCAAAACUUUUAUGCUUAACAAUUGGUGGUGGAUUCAUUUUGCAUUUAUCAUUGGGUACAAUUAUUGACUUAUCACUACCAUAUCUUUUACUUGCUGGCCUCUAUGGUUUCAUUGGUUUUGCUAUAUUACAACUUUAUGUGAAUAAUGCUGGAAAAGACAUUGCAAUUACACAUAUGUAUCAAUUUUUGUUUGUUUACGCCGUAAUAUUCUCGCAAGCAUUGAUAUAUGCAAUUUUUGCUUUUGAUGCAAAAGAAUUAGCAAAUACAACAACACAACAUUCAUCAUCAUUAUCAUUCUUCUAA